UGGAGCUCGACUGCCCGCCUACAGGUCGGAGACUCCGCUGUGGACGCCGUCGCUGUGGGAUUACGCUGAAUGAGUUUGCUAUAAACAGCUUGACUUACAUAACAGCUAGUAAUUCAGUUUAAGCGCUGUCGUUGCGCAGGAUAAACUUAGGAGAGGUGCAUUUAAGAGCGCUCAUAAUGUCAGUGGUUGGUAUUGAUGUGGGUUUCCAAAACUGUUACAUCGCCGUUGCCAGGAGCGGUGGCAUUGAAACCGUUGCCAAUGAAUACAGUGACAGAUGCACACCGGCUUGUGUGGCGUUGGCCUCCAAAAAUCGCAUUAUUGGAAAUGCCGCUAAGAGUCAGAUGGUAACAAAUUUCAAAAACACGGUUCAUGGGUUUAAAAGGUUCCAUGGCAGAGCAUUUGAUGACACAUUUGUCCAGGCAGAACAGCCCAAACUUCCUUACAGUUUACAUAAACUACCCAAUGGAAACGCUGGUAUUAAGGUGCGUUAUUUGGACGAGGAUAAAGUCUUCACCGUUGAGCAGAUCUCGGGGAUGCUGUUGACCAAGCUGAAGGAGACAUCAGAGAGCGCCUUGAAGAAGCCGGUGGUGGACUGCGUCAUCUCUGUCCCAAGCUUUUUCACAGAUGCUGAAAGACGAUCCGUGUUUGAUGCCUCUCAAAUUGCAGGGCUGAACUGUUUGCGGUUAAUUAAUGACACCACUGCAGUCGCUUUGGCUUAUGGGAUCUACAAACAAGAUCUUCCGACCCCCGAGGAAAAGCCAAGAAAUGUGGUAUUUGUGGACAUGGGACACUCUUCAUUCCAGGUCUCCGUCACCGCUUUCAAUAAAGGCAAACUCAAGGUCCUGGCCACAGCGUUUGACAAUAAUCUUGGAGGCCGUUAUCUCGAUGAGGCACUUGUAGAUUACUUCUGUGAAGAGUUUAAGACCAAAUAUAAGUUCAGUGUGAAGGAGAACCCGAGGGCUUUGCUGCGGUUGCACCAGGAGUGCGAGAAGAUGAAGAAGCUCAUGAGUGCCAACUCCUCCGACCUGCCUCUGAACAUAGAGUGCUUCAUGAAUGACAUUGAUGUUUCUAGCAGGAUCAACAGGGCACAGUUUGAAGACUUGUGUGCUCAAUAUCUAGUAAAAGUAGAGAUGCCAUUGAAGGCUGCCCUUGAACAAUCAAAGUUAAGUCGGGAUGAGAUCUAUGCCGUGGAGAUCGUUGGAGGAGCCACGAGAAUCCCGGCGAUCAAAGAGAGAAUUGUAAAGUUUUUCGGCAAAGAUAUCAGCACCACACUUAACGCAGAUGAAGCUGUAGCGAGAGGCUGUGCGCUUCAGUGCGCAAUUUUGUCUCCAGCAUUUAAAGUUCGAGAAUUCUCCAUCACAGACGUGGUUCCCUUUCCCAUCACUCUCCGCUGGAAGUCUCCAACGGACGACGGACUGGGAGAGUGUGAGGUAUUUAGUAAGAAUCACAGCGCCCCUUUUUCCAAAGUGAUCACCUUCCACAAGAAGGAACCUUUUGAGCUUGAAGCUUUCUACAGUUGCCCUCAAGAGCUUCCCUACCCUGACCAAAGGAUAGGGUGCUUUUCAAUUCAAAAUGUGGUCCCCCAGCCAGAUGGAGACAGUUCAAAAGUCAAAGUCAAAGUGCGCGUCAAUGUUCACGGCAUCUUCAGCGUUUCCAGCGCGUCUCUGAUAGAAAAGCAGAAAGGAGAAGGGGAGGACAUGCAAAUUGACUCGGAGCCGAUGGUGCAGAAUGAAGGCAAAGCAGAGGAACAGACCAGAAUGCAGGUGGAUCUGGAAGGUCAAAGCCAGGCGGACCAGCAGAAUGAAGACAACAAUCCCAGCACUAAGGAGGGAGCAGCUGGGGAAAAGCAGGACCAAGCAGCAGGAGGAAGUAAACCCAAAGUCAAGGUGAAAAGUAUUGAUCUUCCCAUCGUGGCCAACAACAUUCGACACCUCGACAGUGAGGUCCUUACUAACUUUGUGGAGUAUGAGCGUCAGAUGAUUAGUCAGGACAAACUGGUGAAAGAGGCGAAUGAUGCCAAAAAUGCUGUGGAGGAGUACGUUUAUGAUCUGCGGGAAAAACUCUGUGGAAUUUAUCAAAAGUACACCAAUGAGGAGGACAGUAACCGGCUGACGCUGAUGUUGGAGGACACAGAGAACUGGCUGUACGAAGACGGAGAGGACCAGCCAAAGCAAGUCUAUGAAGAGAAGCUGGAAGCCCUCAAAAGGCUGGGUCAGCCUAUUCAGGAGCGGCACAGGGAGAAUGAAGACAGACCAAGAGCUUUUGAACAGCUGGGGAAGAAAUUGCAACUCUACAUGAAAUGUGUAGAUUCCUACAGACAGAAGGAUGAGCGCUUAGUGCAUUUAAGUGCAGAAGAGAUGAGUACGGUGGAGAAAUGUGUAAAUGAAAGCAUGGGCUGGAUGAACAACAUGAUGAACGCACAGAGCAAACUCACAGUAACACAAGAUCCUGUGGUUAAAGUAGCCGACAUCAUCGCCAAAAUCCAGGAAGUGGAGGAUGUUUGUUAUCCAAUUGUCAACAGGCCAAAGCCUACAGUGGAGGAGGCGCCUGAAGUGAACGAUCAAAACACUGGCGCUCAUAAUGGGCCGGCAGCAAAGCAAGGAGCAGAAGGGAAGGCAGAUGCAAAGGGAAAUCAGCAGACAAAACCUGGCACGAAAGAGAUGGAGGUGGACUGAGUUCAAGCAAACUCCUCAACCAUCACUAGGAUAACCAUCAUACACUAUUUAGAAAGUAGAAAUAUGUAUACUUGAGAUUGUUUCUCAGUACUCACCAGCCACUUUAGGGGAUCUGUUUUUGUCUUUUCUCUGUGGACUUUACCUUUUUUUUUUUUUUUUUGAGGCUUUUGUUUUCACCAUUACAUCCUAAUGUGUGGCAGUGCUGUGCUUGACCCUCUCAAAAGUUUUAUAUGUUUAAGAAGUUAAGUAAUGCUGCACAAGAUUCAGUUUUGAUUCUGAUGUAAAGCUAGAGAGGUACACUUUAUUUUUGCAUUUCAUGUGUCCCUUGUACGUUGAGUACCAUGAGUAAUCCCAUAAGAAAAUGUCCUAAGAAGUCCAAAACGAAGAGCAAAAGUAGCAAUUGCAUAACUGUUAGUUCAUUUCCAGUAAUCCAAAAAUUUUAUAAAUAAUUUUUUUUGCGACUUGAGUUUUAAGAUAUGUCUGUUUAGAAAUUGUAUAUAUUAUUUUACUAAAUAAAUUCGUAAAUAAAAGGAGGCAGAAUAGAUAUGUACAUAAAAAAUACAUUCCAAGUGUUACCAUCAAAAUGCUUGAAACACCAAAUUUCCCUAAGUAAUUUUUUUUUUCUUGAAUUUUGCCCUGUAUGGUUGUUAAGAUGGAAAAAUAUACGUCUGUAAGACAAAAAGUUUCAAGUCUCAAAUUAUUUAACUUUUUUUUUAAAUUAUUUUAUUAAGAUAAUGAAGUGUGUUUUAUGCAACCAAUCCCCUUUUAAUUUUGAACAAGGGUGACCUACUUUUUCAAAAUGUAUUAGUCCUAAUUUAUUUGACAUUUACACAUUGUCCAAACUAAACUAUUAUACAAACCAAGCAAAUGCACAAGUUAUAUCUGGGGGUUAAUAUCUUGCCAAGUAUCUUGAUACUUCAACAUAAGACUUUGAUAUUAAAUGUGUCCUUUUGUAAUCAUCAAAUAUAUUAUUUGCUUUUCGUGAAAGUAUGUAUUUAUGUAUUCAUGACCAUGAUCAAGUCAGUGAGUUGUGCGUGACCUCCCCUGUGAUUCAGAUGUUCAUCAAAGAGUUCGAUCGUAUUUGUCCAGCUCAGUGAUGUCCUGAACAACCAGAACCUUCCCCUCCUCCCGUGUUCCCUUCAGCUUAAUGAAGACCUUACAGUUCGUGGUCCACGUAGACUGGAUCUUCUUCUGCUUCCUCAGGAACCGGGCCUUCCUCGCAA